AUGAAUUUUGCAGCUCAGCAGGACCUCCCUCCAUCUGGAGGAUUUCCUCAGACAAUCAAAUAUGAACGAUACCUACCUAAGCGAGGGCCUUCCGGACUUGUAAUAUUCUUGGGCACAUUCGGCAUCAUGGGUUAUGGCUGGUACUGGCUCGCACAAGCUAAUGCUGAACGCAGGCAAGUAGCUGACAUUAGAGACAUUUGGUGCAUCAUACCGGAUAACAGAUGGAGUAGUGAAUGGAUGAACAUCAAUAUCAUCAAGCAGUUGUUUAAUACUCGUAUUAACGUCCCACUCCUCCAAGCAGAAACAGACCGUGACAUGGUCCGCAGGCUCGAAGCCGCAAAACUACGAGAAGGAGAAAUCAUGAAAAACAUUCCAGACUGGCAACCAUUGGAUUUAAAAGCCCCCGUUGCUGGUAUCGGCAAAGACGCUAAGCGGGACGCAAAUCAAUCGGAACCCGUAUACCAUACAAAGAGAUAUGUACAACCAUCAUUCUUGUUCUUGCCUUGGGAAUCAGAGGAAAGGAUUAAUGCGCAAUGGUGGAGGGGCUCGAAAAUGUUUCUAAAGAAUCCUCCGUAUCAUGAACGUGAAGAUUGGAAGAAUGGAGGGGAGGGUAGCGGGAAGCCUACUGGUGAAGGGUCGAAAUAA